GUUGUUUAUAUAUAAGUACCGCCCGCUGUGUACUGCACAGUGCUGUAGUGGCGGCAGUGACACACGCCCGCGCAGCGCGACACUGAGAUACUAGCUGAUCACAAUAUGGAGAGGCAGCCAGCGCUCCCGUCGACGUCGGUGCCGGGGCUGGGGUUCAAGAACGCGGCGACCGCGGUGCGUACACUGCGCGCGCUGCACGGCAGGGACCCUUCGUACCAGAAAAUGGUACUCUCGUACUUCAAAAAUUUAGCUAGAAGGGUGCUCAGAUUUACACGAAAAGAGAGAAAGAUAUCCAAUAUAAAGGCAGCGGUGACCAUCUUCGACAAGUUCCUCGGAGACUUCAACUCGCGCCGCGUCAUCAAACAGAACAACCCGUACCUUCACCUCGGCACACUCAGGAAAGUGGAGGAACUAGCGGGAGAUAACAUUACUGAACAACAGAAAGCGUUUAUAGCGGCGUACAGCAGCGUGCGCGGUGAGUACAGGCGACUGCGGAACGUGCGCGCGCCAGGUGAAGACACUACCUGGGACAUCGUCAGGAACAGAGAGCUCAAGACGCUCAAGAGGAAGCUCGCCCACGAGGAACUCUUCGAUGAUGAUGGAAAGCCUACUGAGGAACACUUAGAGAUGUUACUCUGGGCAUACUCCCCCGACCGUAGGGGACUGUGGUGGUACUUCUACACGCCCAGAGAGGAGAAGGAGAGGGAGAUGGACAGAUGGAGGAAUAGCGACGAGGGUGACAGAAAGAGACGGCGCAGCAAAAGGAUCAAGAAAAACAAGAAGUUAUCCAAUAUGAAGGAAGCGAUAGCGAACGUCGAGCGGUCCCUGCUGGAGCUCAAGGCGCAGAGUUUGAGCAAGCAGGACCCGCACCUGUCGCUCGAUACAGUCAGGAAGGCGGAGGAACUGGCGGGGGACAACAUUACGGAACUGCAGAGAUCGUUCAUAGCGGCGUACAGCGGCGUGUCGGGCGAGUACAAGCGACUGCGCAGCGUGCGCGCGCAGGCCGGGGACUCCACCUGGGACGUCGUCAGGAACAGGGAGCUUCAGACGCUCAAGGAGAAGCACGCAGGCGCGAAACUGUUUUCUGAUGAUGGCAGGCCCACAGCAGAACACAUAGAAAUGUUACUCUGGGCGUACUCUCCCAAAUCUAAUAAACGAGUUGCGAAGAGAUUGCAAAGCCUCUUCGAGACCAUACAAGAGCGAGAGAAGGAGAGAGAGAAUAAGAACGGCAAGUGUGACAAGAAUGGGCAAAGUAACACAAAUGAUAAAAGGCACAAGAUUGACAAGAAUGCCAAGAGUAGGAGAAAGAGACAGAAUAGCAACAACAACGACGAGAGUGGUAGACUACUACGACGCAGCAAGAGGGUUAGAAAAUAAUUAU